UUUUCUACACGAAAAUCGAACCCCCAACCGUCAAAAUGGCCAACGUCGAGGAAAUCGCCAAGCAGUUUGUCAAUGGCUUCUUUACGGGCAUGAGCACCAACAUUGCCGGCCUCGCUGCGGUCUACACUCCCCAGUCCGUCCUCACUUUCGAGUCUCAGAAGUUUGAGGGUGCCAACGCUAUUCUGGAGAAGCUCACGAGCCUUCCCUUCAAGAUGAGCGGCCACCAGCUCUCCACCCUCGAUGCUCAGCUUGCCGAUAACGAUCUCCUGAUCCUGGUAACAGGAAAGCUCAAGGUCGACGAGGACGAGAACCUGAUAAACUUUGUCCAGAACUUCAAGGUCAGCGUCAGCCAGGGCCCCGGUGGCGAGAUUACUGGCUUCCUUGUCAAGAACGACAUCUUCAAGCUGGUUUACUAAAUUUUUGGAACUUGAUACUGGAAAAUCUUGCUUGUGGACAAGGAGUGGGUAAUGACCUGGCGAUACCGAAGCGCAGAAUCUGAAGAUAAGGACAUGGAGCCUG